AUUCAUGACGUGGCCGGCGGCCAAGAAGGCCUGCGAGGACGAGGGGGCACAGCUGGCAGUACCGCCAGACCAGUAUGCCUUCAAUGGGCUGAGGCACAUCUUCUCCACCGUGCAGGGGAUAUGGUACGCCAACAUUGGAGUCACAGAUCAAGUCAGCGAGGGUGUAUUCCUGGAUAUACAUGGUCGACCGGUGUCGUAUCUUCCAUGGCAGCCUAAUCAGCCCGACAAUUAUGGAGAUCAGGAGGACUGUGUCGACUUCAAUAUUGUCGGUUUAUCGAAUGACGUGAAUUGCGAGAAUCCAGCGCCAUUCUUCUGCGAGCGCAGGCUUUCGGUGGGCGUACCACCUACUUAUGUCUGGCUGGACGACGCAAGCCGCUUCUACAAGGUGCACACGGAGAAAAGAGUGUACGCAGAGGCAGCCAAGGUGUGCCGUACCGAGAACGCUACGCUCGCUGUCAUUGACACGUGGCGCCGUGGUGAGGCUCUACUGGGCCUCCUCGAGCCGAAAUAUGAGUUCUACCUAACUGGCUUCACGGAUGAGGCUGUUGAAGGUGACUUCGUUACUGAAACAGGCAGGCACCUAAGAGACAUGGAGUACCGAGUGUGGAAUCCUGGCGAACCAAACAACUACGACGGUGGGAACUCCGAAAACUGCCUGGCUGUGUCCGGCAGGGGCUUCUACAAGGACGUGCGCUGCGACCUGGAACUGCCUUUCAUCUGCGAGAUAGCGCCCAUGUAAUCAGUUGUGGUUCCCGGAAAACGGUGUCUGAGGGGGCAGCUCUCUACCCUUACCACAUAUCAAAAAUACGGCAAUGGAAAGUAUGGACUGCCCUAGAUCUCAGUAUACCAAUU